GCUGCUGGAAAGAGGGAGGGAGAAAGAGGGACGGCUGGACUCCAUUAAGCCGAAGCCUGCAGGAAAACUGUUUGGGAUACUUCUCUUCUUCAGCGAGUUCUCCGGGGGAUUUCUUUCUGUUUUUUAUUGCCUCAAAAAAGACUUUAUACAUGAUUUAAAGAGGGGGGACCUGUUCUGUACCGUGUAGUCGACUCUUUUAGUGUGUUUUCGUCUUUGUGAAAGGAUGGCGCUGGACGGGAUCCGGAUGCCCGAUGGCUGCUACGCCGACGGGACGUGGGAACUGAAGAUGCAUGUCACCGACCUCCACAGGGACGUGUCGCUGAGGGUCACUGGGGAAAUCCACAUCGGCGGAGUCAUGCUGAAACUCGUGGAGAAACUAGAUGUGAAGAAGGACUGGUCAGACCAUGCUUUGUGGUGGGAGAAGAAGAAGACAUGGCUGCUGAAAACCCACUGGACGUUGGACAAGUACGGCAUCCAAGCCGACGCCAGGCUGCUUUUCACGCCGCAGCACAAGCUGCUUCGCCUCCAGCUGCCCAACAUGAAGCACAUGAAGGUCAAGGUCAACUUCUCGGACCGCGUCUUCAAGGCUGUGUCCGACAUCUGCAAAACUUUCAAUAUUCGCCACCCAGAGGAGCUAUCUCUACUGCGUAAGCCCCGUGAUCCCAAGAAGAAGAAGAAAAAGUUGGAGGAGGCAGAGGAGGAUGAUCUGGAGCUGGAGGGUCCGCUGUUAACCCCUGGAUCAGCCUCUGAGAUAAUAUACAUCGGACCUGUCAAAGGGAGCAUCUACUCCAGUCCAGGCUUGUACAGCAAGACUAUGACCCCCACCUAUGACUCCAGAGACGGCAGCCCGCUGUCGCCCACCUCUGCCUGGUUUGGGGACAGUCCACUCUCUGAGGGCAAUCCCAGCAUCCUCGCUGUCAGCCAGCCAAUCUCCUCACCAGACAUCUUGGUCAAACUAUACAAGCCCCAGUCACUUCUGGAUAAAGCCAAAAUCAACCAGGGGUGGUUGGACUCCUCCAGGUCUCUGAUGGAGCAGGAUGUAAAGGAGAAUGAGGUGCUGCUGCUGAGGUUCAAAUACCACAGUUUCUUUGACCUCAACCCUAAGUAUGAUGCCAUCCGAGUGAACCAGCUCUAUGAACAGUCCAAGUGGGCCAUCCUGCUGGAGGAAAUUGAGUGCACGGAGGAGGAAAUGAUGAUGUUUGCUGCCCUGCAGUACCACAUCAACAAGCUGUCGAUCAUGUCUUCAGACAACCACAUGAACAACAGUGAGAAGGAGGUGGAUGAGGUGGAUGCAGCCCUGUCAGACCUGGAGAUUACUUUGGAGGGAGGGAAGACGUCCAACACACUGGGUGACAUCACAUCUAUUCCUGAGCUAGCAGACUAUGUCAAAGUCUUCAAACCCAAGAAACUGACACUGAAGGGCUAUAAGCAGUACUGGUGCACAUUCAAGGAUAUCACAAUUUCCUGUUACAAGAGUAAAGAGGAAGCACAUGGGACACCUGCUCACCAAAUGAAUCUUAGAGGUUGUGAGGUAACUCCAGAUGUUAACAUCUCGGGUCAGAAAUUCAACAUCAAGUUGCUAAUCCCUGUGGCUGAUGGAAUGAAUGAGAUCUGGCUUCGGUGUGACACGGAGAAACAGUACGCCCAUUGGAUGGCUGCGUGUCGCUUGGCCUCCAAAGGGAAAACCAUGGCCGACAGCUCUUACAACCUGGAGGUUCAGAACAUUCUGUCCUUCCUCAAGAUGCAACACAUGAACCCUGACCCCCAGUUCAUUGAGCCAAUCACCACCGAUAUCAACCCAGAAUGCCUGGUGUCCCCGCGCUAUCUGAAGAAGUACAAGAACAAGCAGCCAGGCUAUAUCAGGGACUUGAUUUCAGCCCGGAUCCUCGAAGCCCACCAGAAUGUGGCCCAGAUGAGUCUCAUCGAGGCUAAGAUGCGCUUCAUCCAGGCGUGGCAGUCUCUGCCUGAGUUUGGAAUCACUCAUUUCCUUGCCAAGUUCCAGGGUGGAAAGCGGGAGGAGCUGAUCGGCAUCACUUACAACCGUUUGAUCCGGAUGGAUGCCAGCACUGGAGAUGCUAUCAAGACCUGGCGCUUCAGCAACAUGAAACAGUGGAACGUCAACUGGGAAAUCAAGAUGGUGACGGUGGAAUUUGCCGACGAGCCCAGUCUGUCUUUCAUCUGUGCCGAGGUUGACUGUAAGGUGGUCCACGAGUUCAUCGGCGGCUACAUCUUCCUGUCCACUCGUGCCAAGGACCAGAACGAGUCUCUAGAUGAGGAGAUGUUCUAUAAGCUGACCAGCGGCUGGGUCUGAGCUGCCCCGAACCAGACAGGGGUCAACGAUUGUAGGUCAGGGGCCAGGAGGGGAGUGGCUGGGGGCGGGGGUGGAGGUUGGAACCACAGCAUAUGGGGUUAUUUUAUUCUCUUUUUCAGUCCUUUUAAUUGUUUGGAGCUGUGCUGAAGAGUCCAGAACAGCACUACUAUUGCCAUGGCUGACACCGUUUUUAUUGUUACAGUUGUUGAUUUUUUUUUUUUGUUUAUUUUUGCAUUUACGCUGACAAAGUCAUUUUUUACAACACUAAUAUGAAUGCAGUCCACAUGAACUUUUGAACCCCUGUGGUUGAGCAGAAGCAAACCCCGAACCAGGAAGCUUCUCUGUUUUCCAUACGACCACCUGCCUCCUCUCCUCCUGGACUGACGGCCAUCAACUUACGUCCAUGACAACCCUUUAAACCCAAUCAAACACCAGAUUUAAUCCCAAAGAAUCUCUUUUUUUUCACUCUCUCUCUCUCUUACCGUCUUUUUUUCCCACUCUUCUAUAACUGGACUAAAAGAGCUCACAUCAAACUGUCAUUAAAUCACAUUGUAGUCGUGGUGCCACAGAUGCCUACCGUUAUAUCAAAUUAUUUAUCCUAAAAGGCGGACUUCAUCAGAGAGUCCGAUCAGAAGGGUGUCUGUAAAAGCAGUGGCCACCGAUCGCAGCACUACAUGUCCAUCCUAUCCACUCUAUGAAGGGUUUGAUCUCUUUGAAGUCACAUGUAAGCACUUCGACAGUAUACAGUCCUGUUUAUGAAUAAGCUGUUGUUAAAUUUCCUUUUUGCUUUUUGAUGUCUGUUGUCUUUGUUUCAGAGCUUGUGUCGAGUCUCCGCUGUGUCGAGUCUCUCUAUUGAAAUCUCAUUGUAUUAGCUGACAGGUGUGACAUGUGAGAGCCUGAGGUUUGUUUCGUAUUUAACAGACUGCUAAUUGUAAGCGUGUCUGAAAACACUACAGUUCCAUGCACUGGGAUGAGUGUCCUGUGGGUUUGAGAAUAUUUUCCAGCUGAUGUAAAUGUCGUCUCUGCAAAAAUGUUCAUCUUAGAAAGGUCAUUAACUCAAGUUUCUUAAAAAGAAGUUUUAAAAAAACCUGUUUUUAAAAAUAUUUGAAGAUGUAACCCGAAGCUUUUCCCAACUUAAGGCAGUCCCCCUCUGACUGGGAAGGCGUGACCUGGACGUGCACAUUCAAACAUUAUGUGCCAAAGUGCAUUAAUAUUUUUGCCAAACAUGUCUGUUUAUGGCUGCUGUUCCGACCACGUUGCUAAAUCUCAACAGCAUGUUAGAAAUUGCAUCCAGAGAUUUAAAAACCCGACAUCUCAUUGCUCAAGUGCAUGUAGACUACAUAACAGGAGGGCGCAUUACUCCUUUGUUCCACCUUUUUACUGAAUUGCCAUUCUGUUUCUCACACCAUAUAGUAUUAUUAUUAUUAUUAUUAUUAUUAUAGUUUUUAUCAUUACACACCAGCAUAAGGUCACUGAGUUUGAAGAAUGAAUAUGCAACCCUUUUUUUUUCUCCUGUCCUCAGUAUGAAGGAUCAGUAAAUGAAGUAUUAUUUUUUGUAACUAAUGUAAAAACACAAACGUUUUAUAGAAUUGUACAGUUUUUUUUUCUGCUUUUUGGGUAAGAGGGGGGAAGCCAUCUGUCAACAUGUUAGUAUUCAGAAUUGUGCCUGCCUAUGUUGUGGUCUUACUGAGUUUUCAGAUGAAGAUAUAUAUGAAUAUAUAUGAAGAUAACACUAGUCUCAAACUCCAGGUUUGAUUAAGAUAUUUGUGGAGUACAUAUUAUAAUUUUUUUUAAAAUACAGAUAUGUAUGCCUUCUCAAUGUGCUCUUUUUUUCUUGCAUUUCUGCUUCAUUUUAUUGAUUUUCUUCUUUCUCUUCUGCCACUCGCCGAUCACCAUUUGUGGCCCCGAGUUGUGUUUUUAGCUCAUUCUUUAUGACUGACAGUGAUACUUAAUGUGCUGCAAAUUUGAUUUGCUUAGCGCCUUUUUUAAAACACUUCACUUAUUUGUCUGGUUUUGUCACAACUGAAGUGUGCCAUUUAAUAAUGUCCAUAUGAAGGAGACCCACAUUGUUUAGACCCUGGAGUUUGAGACAAAUCAGCAAAAGUGAACAGAGGAAAGAGAAGCCUAGUCUGUUUUUAUUUUCUCUGAUGUUGUUUUUGUUUGCCUCCAGCAUCAGGAGCGGCAGUGCAUGUCCUGCUGUUCUGUUUGACUGUAAAAAAUGCAUUUAUUUUAAAAAAUAAAGUAAUUUUUA